AUGCUUUUCCGCCUCUCUGCAUCUCUCAAGUCCCCAGCAGCACGUUUGCUGCUGCCCAGUACCCUUUCUGCGCCGCUCAGGGGGGCCCCCUGCUUGGGGGCCCCCCUGCCCCUGGGCGAGGGGGGCCCCCUGGGGGCCCCCCUGGGGGCCCCCAGGGGGGCCCCCCUGGGGGGCCCCCGGGGGGCCCCCCAGUGGCAGCAGCGGCGAGGGUUUGGGGCCGGGGAUUUGAAGAUUGUGGCUGCGCGGAUAAAGUCCAUAAAGUCGAUAGAGAAGGUGGGUUUAUUUGCUGCUGCAGUGUCCUUUAAAUACCCUUUAAAGUGCCCUGCUGCUGCUGCUGUUGCUGUUGCUGCUGCUGCUGCUGCUGCUGCUGAGCAGCAGCAGCAGCAGCAGCAGCAGCACCGACACACGCGGGGCCCCAGGAGUCUCCUGGGGUGUAUGCGCACCUCCGGGUGUACGUACACCCCAGAACUCUUCACCUCUCCUUCUGACUUCUUCUUAUCCCCCUUUCAAGGCUUCACAGCAGCAGCAGCAGCAGCAGCAGCAGCAGCAGAAGCAGCAGCAGCAGCAGCUUCCUCACAAACCCAUUUAAUUACUCAACUCCUAGUACCCUUUUUGGCCCCCUGGGGGGCCCCCGGGGGGCCCCCGGGGGCCUCCUGUCUCUGGUUUUUUAAAGAAGUUCUUUUGAGCUGCGAGCAGCAGCAGCGAACAAAGACACACAAACUGCUGCUGCUGCUGCUGCUGCUGCUGCUGCUGCUGCUGCUGCUGCUGCUGCUGCUGCUGCUGCAGAUAACGAAGGCAAUGCGAAUGGUUGCUGCUUCGAAGCUGCGGGGAGACCAGAGAAGGCUGGAGCAAGGCGCGCCCUUUGCGCAGCCGCUGCAGCGGAUUGUUGGGCGCGUUCCUAUUCCUGACGACAAAAGCGACCUGACCAUUGUAGCGUUUUCCUCAGACAAGGGUUUGUGCGGGGGCGUGAACGCGGCGGUGUCUCGGGAAGCUGCAGCAGCAGCAGCAGCAGCAGCAGCUUCGGGUGUACGUACACCGCUCGUGUGUCUCGGAGACAAAGCCCGCGCUUCUUUGCAAAGACAAUUUCAAAACAUUUUUACUUUUCUUUUUUCCGAACUCAACAAACUCCCCUGGAACUUCAACACUGCAGCAGUCCUCGUCGACAGGCUUCUCCAGGCAGGGUUUAGGGUUUAG